AAGAUCUCUCAGCAAAUUUCAGGUAUAAAAUAUUAACUAUAGUCACCAUGCUGUACAUUAGCUCUCCAGAGCUUAUUCACCCCACAUGACUGAAACUUUGUUCCCUUUGAUCAACAUUUCACCAUUUCCUCCAUCCCCCAGCCCCUGGUAAUCAUUGUAGUCUCUGCUUCUAAGAGUUCAACUUUUUUAGAUUCCACAUAUAAGUGAGAUCAUGCAGUUUUUGCCUUUCUGUGUCUGGUUUAUUUCACUUAGCAUAAUGUCCUCCAGGUUCAUUUCCUUUUAAAAUUCUUAUGAAAUAAUUUAGGCCUAUAAAGAGUAUAGGGAACCCUAUAACAUAGUUGUGUAUCUGCUACCCAACUAAGACAUUAAACAUUGCGUAUAUAUUUGAAGUUCCCCUUUGUGCUCCAAGCAUAUCCCAUUUUACUUCUGCAAAUUCCUGAAUUUGGAGUUCCUCAUCCCGUGGACAUUUUUAUAUUUUGACUAACACUACUACAUAUGUGUACAUAAAAAUCUAUGUGGUUAUUGUUUUAUAUUUGUAGACCUUUGUAUCCUUCUGAUACUUUUUUAAUUUCCUCAACUAUGUUAAUGAGAUUUAUCCAUGUUGCUAUUUGUAGCUCUAGUUCAGAGUUUCUCGACCUCUAUUCUUUUGACAUUUGGGGCCAGCUAAUUCUUUGUUAUGAGGGACUUUCUUGUCCAUCAUAGGAUGGUAAGCAGUAUCCCUGGCCUCUACCCACUAGAUCCAGUAGCAUGUCCCCCAACCCUGCAGGUAUGAAAAACAAAACUGUCUCCAAACAUUGCUGACUGUGCCUUUGGUGGUGAAAUCUCUCCUCCCAGUGAGAACUACUAUUUUAGUUCAUUCAUUUUAACUACAGCAUCAUGUUCCACUAUAUAUAUACCACCACCUAUUUUUCAUUUUCUGGUUGAUAGACAUUUAGGUUAUUUCCAAAGCUUUAACUAUUUGGAGCACUAUUGGAAUGAGCAUUCAUGUUCAUGUUUCCUGGUGCAUAUGUGUGAGACUUUCUCUAUGGUAAUAUGCCUAGGAGUGAAAAUGUUGAGUUCUAGUAUAUGCAUAUCUUCCACUCUAUGAGAUAUUGCCAAGAGCAUGCUCCAUAAUAGUUGUGCUACUUUACAUUCUCACCAGCUGAAUAGGAAAGAUCCUGUAGCUCCACAUCCUCUCCAAUGCUUGGUUUUGUCAGAUUUUGGAAUUUAUGUCUACCUGAUGGGUGUAAAUAAUAUUCAUUGUGAAUUCAUCGAGCUGUACACUUUGUGCAUUUUAUUGUACAUACUUCAGUUUAAAAAAUAAAUACAAAAAUGAAAACAAAGAAAAACAAGGUGCUUCAGGGAUGCUGAUAAAUCUUAUGUCCAAAAUCCAGAGCUGAAAACUGAAACAGCUAUUGGCUUGGUGGCCUUAAUUGUUUGAAUAAGUAUCUCAAUCUCUAUAGUUUUCCAAUUAAUAUAUAACAAUGCAAAUCCAAACUAUUGAAGCUAGAGAGUGAUUUAAGUGUAAAUUGUCAAUCCCUACUGUCCCUCUAGUUGCUUUUAUUUGUUUUUUUUUCAUUUUGCAACCUCAGUGUAGCCUAAGCAUGGGAUUCAGCCAAAUGAGAAUAUGUAUCUGUGUACAAGCAAAUCAUGUGUUGGUGUAGUGAGACUUGUGUAGUCUCACUCUUGGAAUUGUUAAUUGAGUUUGAAUUUGGAGUAAAAAUAGAUGAAAAGAACCUUUGUUAAUUACAUGUGGGCACUGUCUGGAAGUUGUUAAAUAGGUAGAGGCAAAUAUGAAUUUUAAAACAUCAAAAUGAAGAUCCCUGGAGAAUUAGUAUUAAGGUAGACAUGAUUUAUUUUAAAAACUGGUUGGGAAACUUUCAAGGUAAAUUCAAAUGCCUGUGCCAUAAAAAAGUUAUAAGUAAAAAUGAUAAAUAAUUUUUAAAAAUUCCUUGUUUUAGUUUUCAUUAUCUUGAUUACCAUAGUGAUUAAAAGUUAUCUGGGUUGAACUGUAUCUAAAAAAGUAAUUAAAUUUUACUGUAUAAUUUAUGAAGAAUCCAGAAACCUUUCCCAAAUUAUGAGGACUAAUUAUUUUAGAGGGAUUUUGAAGUAGUGUUUGAGCUUCUGUGAUCAGCUUUAAGAAGUGGUUUGACCAGACUUCAUCUGUGUCAUGUUUGUACUCAACUUCUGCAGUUUCUGUUUUCAAACCAGACAUGAUCUAGUCAUAAUGCUGUUCUUCCUCUUAGAAAAUGUUACUGAUGGUGACUGCCAUCUGUGUUUAGGGAGUGGCUCAGAAUACUUUGAUAAUUAGAAGUUAUUUCCCUCAGUCUCAUUGGAUGCUUUUGUUCUCAGAGUCACCUCAUGACUAAUAGCUGCAUGCCAAAUUUGUUUAUUUGAUACUGUGAUCUCCCAGAAGCAUACAUAUUUUUCCAUACCAUAUAACAUUGUUUAUUCUCUUACUGUUCCCUGAGUCAUUUUGCUAAAUGCAGUGGGAAGUUACGAAAGAUGUUCCUGACUUUGUACCUAUCUUUUAGUCAUUUAAAAUUCAAGAGAUGGACUUAAUAUAUAUUACAAAAUCAAUUCGAUUUGUGCAUGUAUGUAUAGGAGAAUAGUCACGAGGGAGAUAGAAUUCCUCUAAGACUGUGUGUAAAGUCCAAUUUAAGUAGAGUUUUGAAGAAAAAAGUACAGGUAAAUCAAUGAAGGCAGAAAGAAAUAUGUAUUACUCAUGGAUGAUUUGAUAUGCUUAAAUCAGAAUGUAGUACGAAAUGUGGCUGUAUAAAUGUAAUUUUCGUUUGUGCUCAGAAAUUCUUUCCUCCUCAGUACAUACUUCCAGGGUGAAUUAUCCAGUUACUUUAAAAGUGCCUUUGUGCUCAACUAGUCUCUUUCAGUUCCUCAGUAAGCCUGAGAGAUACUCCAGGUCUGAGGCAUACCUCAUAGUAAAUCUGUAUUUCAAUUUUACUGUCUAAAUGACUGGGUAAACUAGCCUUGCUCUGCUGAGGGUAUUGUAUUCCAAGUUUUUUGCCAAUUCUGUUGUUGUGAUUUGGCAUUUUCCCAUGAAACAGUUUAGUCAGUUUUGGUAAUAUACUUAGACCAGCCCUCAAAAACCCUAUUUGACCCAUAACACAUCUGAGUUAUAUUGUACUGAGUCUGAGUGUUCUGUCUUGGAGGUUCUCUUGAUGGUAUCCUUUGCUGUACAGAAGCUUUUAAGUUUGAUGUAGUGCUGUUUGUUCAUUUUUUAUUUUGUUUCCCUUGCCCGAGGAGAUGUGUUCAGGAAAAAACUGCUCAUGCUUAUAGUCAAGAGAUAUUUGCCUAUGUUUUCUUCUAAGAGUUUUAUGGUUUCAUGUCUUACAUUCAGGUCUUUGAUCCAUUUCGAGUUUACUUUUGUUUAUGGAGUUAGACAGUAAUCCAGUUUCAUUCUCUUGCAUGUAGCUGUCCAUUUCCCAACCCCAGUUAUUGAAGAGGCUGUUUUUUCCUCUUUGUAUAUUCAUGGCCUCUUUAUUGUAUAAUAAUUGACCAUGUAUGUGUAAGUUUAUAUCUGGGCUCUCUAUUCUGUUCCAUUGAUCUGUGGGUCUUGUCUUGUGCAGUGACAGCUUAUUUUUACAUAUAGAUUGUUUAUAAGUUAUAGAUUACUAGAUGUGAAAAUCUUUGGCAGUGUCAUUCACUAGUGAUCAUGAUUUUUUGACCUUGAAUAAAGGCUGCUUCAAGUCAUUAAAAAAAAAUUUAGAAAAAAUGUGUUUUUCUAUAUUGAAUAGAUAUUAUAAGUCUUUAUGUAAAAAUAGGUAACACUAAUUUAUCAGAAAAAUCAGUGGACAUAACUGAAUUGUUAACUGUUGUAUCUGGAAUAGCUUUAGCUGUAACUUUAAAAGUAAGUAACAAUUAAACUAAUUACUAUGAAUCUUUUUCAGAUCACGUGAUGCUAUAAAUUACAAUUAUUCCAGCAUCAGUUGAAAUUAAGACUGAAAAUGGUGGGCCUAGGGAUGAAUUUUUCUGUCAGCUUUAUUUAAGGUUAAAUUCUUUUUUUAAAAGUUGGAUUAAAGUUGAUAUAUACUAUUAUAUUGGUUUCAGAUGUACAACAUAGUGACUUGAUAAUUGCAUACAUUAAUAGGUGCUUGCCAUGGUAAGUCUAGCUCCAGCUUUUGUAAGAUCUUUAUAUUUUAAAAAUGAAUAGAUAUGGAAAACAGUGUGGAGGUUCCUCAAAAAAUUAAAAAUAAACUACCAUAUGAUCCAGCAAUUCCACUUCUGGAUACUUAUCUGAAGGAAAUGAAAUCUACCUUGUAUCUCUAUGGAUUUGCCUAUACUGGUUGGUCAUUUUGUUAAAAUGCAUUCAAUAUGUGGCUUUUUGUAUCUUGCAUUUUUUCACUUAGCAUAAUACAUUCAAGGUUUAGCAAUAUAUGGAAUGCAUUCAUACUUCAUUGUUUUCAUCUUCCAUCCUUUAAUGCACAAAACUUUUAAUUUACAUGAACCCAAGUUAUACAUUUUUUUCUUUUGUUGCUUGUGUUCUUGGUGUCAUAUCUAAGAAACCACUGCCACAUCGAAAGCCAUAAAGAUUUAGUUCUGUUUUCUUCUAAGAGUUUGGUAUUUUCUGCUCUUAUAUUUAGGUCUUUAAAUCCAUUUUGAGUUAAUUGUUGUAUGUGGUAUGUGAUAAGGAUGCAGCUUACAUUAUUUUACAUGUGGAUGUCCAGUUUUCACAGCAGCAUUUUAAAAACAGCUUUAUUAAAAUGUAUUUCAUGUAUCAUAUAAUUCACAUAUAUAAGGUGUAGAAUUCAGUAAGUGUUAAUAUAUUUACAGAUAUAUUGUUAAUGUAGGACUCUCUCCACUGUCAAUUUUGCAACAUUUCCAUCACCUCAAAAAGAAACCCCAUACCUUUUUGCUAUUACCCUCCCACCUCUUAAGUCCCCACCUGAAGCUGAGCAGACAUCUGGAAGAAGAAAGCCCAACAUCAAGGGAAUAGCUAAAAAGCAAAUGCCCUGAGAUGGGAGUAAAAUAAGGAAUGUAAAGAAGAAGUCAAAUGGAUUCAAGUAUGGGUGUGAAUUCUGUCACCAUUUCUGUUGAGGGGAUGACAUGUAGUUCCUGUGUUUGCACCAUUGAGCAACAGAUUGGAAAACUAAAUGGUAUACAUCACAUUAAAGUUUCACUGGAAGAAAAAAAUGCAACUAUUAUUUAUGACCCUAAACUGCAGACUCCAAAGACCCUGCAGGAAGCUAUUGAUGACAUGGGCUUUGAUGCUAUUCUCCACAAUCCUACCCCUCUCCCUGUUUUAACUGACACUGUGUUUCUAACUGUUACUGCUUCACUGGCUCCCCUAUGGGACCAUAUCCAAAGCACAUUGCUCAAGACCAAGGGUGUGGCAGACAUUAAAAUUUCCCCUCAGCAAAGAACGGCAGUGGUGACAAUAAUCCCUUCUAUAGUGAAUGCCAAUCAGAUAAUAGAGCUGGUUCGGGAUGUCAGUUUAGAUAUUGCAACUCUGGAGAAAAAGUCAGGAACUUGUGAAGAUUACUGUAUGGCUCAAGCAGGUGAAGUCAUACUGAAGAUGAAAGUGGAAGGGAUGACCUGCCAAUCAUGCACUAGCACCAUUGAAGGAAAAAUUGGGAAGCUGCAAGGUGUUCAACGAAUUAAAGUCUCCCUGGACAACCAAGAAGCUACUAUUGUUUAUCAACCUCAUCUUAUCACAGUAGAGGAAAUAAAAAAGCAGAUUGAAGCUGUGGGCUUUUCAGCAUUCAUCAGAAAACAGCCCAAGUACCUCAAAUUGGGAGCUAUUGAUAUAGAACGUCUAAAGAACACACCAGUCAAAUCCUCAGAAGGAUCGCAGCAGAGGAGUCCAUCAUAUAGCAAUGAGUCCGCAGUCACUCUCAUCAUAGAUGGCAUGCAUUGUAAAUCAUGUGUAUCAAAUAUUGAAAGUGUUUUAUCUACACUCCAAUACGUAAGCAGCAUAGUAGUUUCUUUAGAGGGUAGAUCUGCCAUAGUGAAGUAUAAUGCAGACUCAGUCACUCCAGAAACCCUGAGAAAAGCAGUAGAGGCCAUAUCACCAGGGCAAUACAGAGUUAGUAUUAAAAGUGAAGUUGAGAGUACCUCAAAUUCUCCCUCCAGCUCAUCUCUUCAAAAAAUUCCUUUGAAAUUAGUUAGCCAGCCUCUGACUCAAGAAACUGUGAUAAACAUUGAUGGCAUGACUUGUAAUUCUUGUGUGCAGUCUGUUGAGGAUGUCAUAUCAAAAAAGGCAGGUGUAAAAUCUAUACGAGUAUCCCUUGCAAACAGCAAUGGGACUGUUGAAUAUGAUCCUCUACUAACCUCUCCAGAAACAUUGAGAGAAGCAAUAGAAGACAUGGGAUUUGAUGCUACCCUGUCAGAUACAAAUGAGCCCUUGGUAGUAAUAGCACAGCCCUCAUCGGAAAUGCCACUUUUGACAUCAACUAAUGAAUUUUAUACUAGAGUGAUGACACCAGUUCACGACAAGGAGGAGGCAAAGACUUCAUCUAAGUGUUACAUACAGGUUACUGGCAUGACUUGUGCUUCCUGUGUAGCAAACAUUGAACGGAAUUUAAGACGAGAAGAAGGAAUAUAUUCUGUACUUGUGGCUCUAAUGGCUGGCAAGGCAGAAGUAAGAUAUAAUCCUGCAGUUAUACAACCCCCAGUGAUAGCUGAGCUUAUCCGAGAGCUUGGAUUUGGAGCCACUGUGAUAGAGAAUGCUGAUGAAGGGGAUGGUGUUUUGGAACUUGUUGUGAGAGGAAUGAUGUGUGCCUCCUGUGUACAUAAAAUAGAGUCUACCCUCACAAAACACAGAGGGAUCUUCUACUGCUCUGUCGCCCUGGCAACCAACAAAGCACAUAUUAAAUAUGAUCCAGAAAUUAUUGGUCCCAGAGAUAUUAUCCAUACAGUUGAAAGCUUAGGUUUUGAAGCUUCUUUGGUCAAGAAGGAUCGGUCAGCAAGCCACCUAGACCAUAAACGAGAAAUAAGACAAUGGAGACGUUCGUUCCUUGUAAGCCUAUUUUUCUGUAUUCCUGUAAUGGGCCUCAUGAUAUAUAUGAUGGUUAUGGACCACCACCUUUCAACUCUACACCAUAAUCAGAACAUGAGUCAAGAAGAAAUGGUCAACAUUCAUUCUUCUAUGUUCCUGGAGCGCCACAUCCUGCCAGGAUUGUCCAUUAUGAAUUUGCUAUCCUUUUUAUUGUGUGUACCUGUCCAGUUUUUUGGAGGCUGGUACUUCUAUAUUCAGGCCUACAAAGCACUGAAGCAUAAAACUGCAAAUAUGGAUGUAUUGAUUGUGCUGGCAACCACCAUUGCAUUUGCCUACUCCUUGGUUAUUCUUCUGGUUGCAAUGUAUGAGAGAGCCAAAGUAAACCCUAUUACUUUCUUUGACACACCUCCUAUGCUAUUUGUGUUUAUUGCAUUAGGCCGGUGGCUGGAACAUAUAGCAAAGGGCAAAACAUCAGAAGCUCUUGCCAAGCUAAUUUCUCUACAAGCUACGGAAGCAACUAUUGUAACUCUUGACUCUGAUAAUAUCCUCUUGAGUGAAGAACAAGUGGAUGUGGGACUUGUACAACGUGGAGACAUCAUUAAAGUGGUUCCAGGAGGCAAAUUUCCAGUGGAUGGUCAUGUUAUUGAGGGACAUUCUAUGGUAGACGAGUCCCUCAUCACAGGGGAGGCAAUGCCUGUGGCUAAGAAAUCUGGUAGCACAGUGAUUGCUGGUUCCAUUAACCAGAAUGGGUCCCUUCUUAUUCGUGCAACCCAUGUUGGAGCAGAUACAACCCUCUCUCAAAUUGUCAAACUUGUAGAAGAGGCACAAACAUCAAAGGCUCCUAUUCAGCAGUUUGCAGACAAACUCAGUGGCUACUUUGUUCCAUUUAUUGUUAUUAUUUCCAUUGUUACCCUCUUGGUUUGGAUUAUAAUUGGAUUUCUGAAUUUUGAAAUUGUGGAAACCUACUUUCCUGGCUACAACCGAAGUAUCUCUCAAACGGAAACGGUAAUACGCUUUGCCUUCCAAGCCUCUAUCACAGUUCUAUGCAUCGCAUGCCCUUGUUCCCUGGGACUGGCCACUCCAACUGCUGUGAUGGUGGGUACAGGAGUAGGUGCUCAAAAUGGCAUACUAAUCAAAGGUGGUGAGCCACUGGAGAUGGCUCAUAAGGUAAAGGUAGUGGUAUUUGAUAAGACUGGAACCAUCACCCAUGGAACCCCAGUAGUGAAUCAAGUAAAGGUUCUGGUGGAAGGUAACAGAAUAUCACACAGUAAGAUCCUGGCCAUUGUGGGAACUGCUGAAAGUAACAGUGAACACCCUCUGGGAGCAGCCAUAACCAAAUACUGCAAGCAGGAGCUGGACACUGAAACCUUGGGUACCUGCAUAGAUUUCCAGGUUGUUCCAGGAUGUGGUAUUAGCUGUAAAGUCACCAAUAUUGAAGGCUUGCUACAUAAGAAUAAUUGGAAGAUAGAGGAAAAUAAUAGUAAAAAUGCAUCCCUGGUUCAAAUUGAUACAAGUAAUGAACAGUCAUCAACUUCGUCUUCCAUGAUUAUUGAUGCCCAGCUCUCAAAUGCUCUUAAUGCUCAACAGUACAAAGUCCUCAUUGGUAACCGGGAGUGGAUGAUUAGAAAUGGUCUUGUCAUUAGUAACAAUGUAGAUGAGUCCAUGACUGAACAUGAGAGAAAAGGUCGGACUGCUGUAUUGGUGUCAGUUGAUGAUGAGCUGUGUAGCUUGAUAGCUAUUGCUGAUACAGUGAAGCCUGAAGCAGAAUUGGCUGUCCAUAUUCUGAAAUCCAUGGGCUUAGAAGUAGUUCUGAUGACUGGAGACAACAGUAAAACAGCUAGAUCUAUUGCUUCUCAGGUUGGCAUUAAUAAGGUGUUUGCUGAAGUUCUACCUUCCCACAAGGUUGCUAAGGUGAAGCAACUUCAAGAGGAGGGGAAACAGGUAGCAAUGGUGGGAGAUGGAAUCAAUGAUUCCCCAGCCCUGGCCAUGGCUAAUGUGGGGAUUGCCAUUGGUACAGGCACAGAUGUAGCCAUUGAAGCAGCUGAUGUGGUUUUGAUAAGGAAUGAUCUUCUGGAUGUCGUGGCAAGUAUUGACUUAUCAAGGAAGACAGUCAAAAGGAUUCGGAUAAAUUUUGUCUUUGCUCUAAUUUAUAAUCUGGUUGGAAUUCCUGUAGCUGCUGGAGUUUUUAUGCCCAUUGGUUUGGUUUUGCAGCCCUGGAUGGGAUCUGCUGCAAUGGCUGCUUCCUCUGUUUCAGUAGUACUUUCUUCUCUUUUCCUUAAACUUUAUAGGAAACCAACUUAUGAGAAUUAUGAACUGCAUGCCCGAAGCCAGAUGGGACAGAAAAGUCCUUCAGAAAUCAGCGUUCAUGUUGGAAUAGAUGACACCUCAAGAAAUUCUCCUAAACUGGGUUUGCUGGACCGGAUUGUUAAUUACAGCAGAGCCUCCAUAAAUUCGCUACUGUCUGAUAAACGUUCUCUAAACAGCGCUGGUACCAGUGAACCUGACAAGCACUCACUCCUGGUGGGAGACCGCCGGGAAGAUGACACCACAUUGUAACAGGCCACAGACAGAGGGUGCUAACUAGCUGAUGUUGUUUCACACAGACACAGCAUUCGUGAUGUCACCCUAGCCCUUCAAAAUACCGUGGAAGGAUUUUAUCUGGGUCUCACACUCUUAAGUUAGGGUUUCUAUUUGAGUUGUAUUUGUCUAAUGGGAAAAAUAUCUUUUUUCAGGGCAUUGGCUCUGAACAUAGCUUUAUUUAAAAUGAUUCUAGUAAUUGUUGCUUUCACUAGCUACAGGUAAGGAGGGCCAGUGAGGUUUACAACAAGCCCUAUAACUGAAGAUUGCCAAAUUGUUGCUCAAGUGAUAAUUUUCUAUUGGACAAAAAAAGAAGGCUCAAAGAAAGGAUAAUUAAAAUUUUGAAGAUUUGAGAGCAUGAUCUUGAAGAGAUUCCUGAGCUCUUAUCCCUGCCAGAAUGGGAACAGUGGCUUUCAAAGCACUAUAUAAAGCAUCUAGUUUUAGAAGGAAAACAGUAGAAACUAUUUAAAAACAGAAAUACCUUAUUUAUUACAGGCUUUCUUCCCCCUCUUUCUCCCUGUGUCUUUGAAUUUGCAGUUGCUUUCUUAGAUGCCCAGGUGCAUUUUCUUUUGUUAUCUUCUUAGCUGGAGAUAGUUUUUCAUUGAUAAAAAUAGCUGACACCUUUCCCAAUAUCUUGUUCCUUUCUUUCACUUGUAGCUCAAAAGAUCGUAAGGGUCUGUAGAGUUCCCUGCUUGCCGUCUUCUCAUUGUGGUAAAAAUAUAUCAGAUUCUUCCUUCAAUGACUCUCUAGCUCUAUACAGGCUUUCAAUUCACUCCUGUUGAGUUCAGCUACAAGUUGUUUUUAGUGUACUCUGUCAGCCUCAGUCUAGAAGCUUAAGCUUUUGAGCCUCUUUCACAAUUGAUUUUUAAAAUAAGAUUAACACUACCAUCUUUAACAUAUACAGGUCAUAUAAAAUUACCUGGAUUCACCAAAUUUGUCCUUUCUUGGAGAGAAUAUAAGACCUUAACUGGUAUAUAUGAUUUAAUAGAUUUUAAUUAUCUUUUAAUGUUUUAGAUAACCUCUCAAAAUGACUUUAAAAUAAUGCUGUUACAAGAAGCUGCUUUUACCAAAAAGUACAAUAAAUUGUAAUACAGAAAUGAGACUCUCCCUAGGUUGUGAUACCUCUUGGCCAAAUCUAUACUUUUCUCUAGUUUGACACAUUUGCACUUGCUAGUUAGCAUCGUUCACAAAUUCAGGGGCUCGUUCUCAUUGCCAUAUAGAUUUAGAACAUUCCCCAGUGAGUGCCUGGGAGUUAGCACUUGUGUCACUAUUUAAAUUUCAUUUAAUUUUAAUUCAUUUAAAUUAAAUUGCAAGCUGGAUUUCAUAUGCAAAAUAUGUAAGUGAAGAGAACUCAUAAAUAAAUUUCUAGUAUUUUGUUCCCAUUGCCAUAUGGGAAGCUGCUAGCACAUAGGAUUUAUACUCAGUAAAUGUUAGUGCUUUUCUCCCCUUGAGGUCAGAAAUAAAUACUAAAAUUCAUUUUUAUAGGACAAAGUCUAAAAUCAGCUGGGAGUGGGGGAUGGGUUUUUUCCUCUCCUACUUCCUUUCUCUCUUAUCCUUUCAUACACACAAAACAGUUUACAACAUUAUUACAUGCUAUCUUUUCAGAUUUGGAAAAUAUCUCAUUUUUAUCUCAGUUAUCAUAAAGAGAGAACUGAAACUUUUGAUGAAGGUGCUAUUAAUCUAGAAAGGCAAACCCAUUUUCAUGAAAUAUGAAUGAGUUUGUAUAUGCAGGCUCUUUUUUAGACCAAUACCUCUGCCAUUGUUCAUGCUUCCAGUUUGAAUUUUAAUAUUUUGAAAUUUUUCAAUUCCAGUGGCCCAUACCACAAUGUAUUUCUUCUAGAAGAAACAGCUGAUAUGACAAAAUGUAGAAUCGACUUUUGAAAAAGAAGUACCUCUCUCUCAUCCUCACUCCUCUCUCUCUGAAGCACUUGUACAUAGCCUGUUAAUGUUUUUAUUAUUAUGUGUGUGUCUGAGUCAUCCUUUUGGCCCCCACAUGCUAGGAGACCCCCAUGUCCUAGGACAGUGAGAAAAGCAACCUGUAGUCUGGGAAAAAACAAGGAUAUCAUUUCAGCCAUUAUUACCAGAAUAGGAAACAUUUUGUUCAGAAAGAAUCCUGCUUUAAAUAUCUGUAGUCAUCUUUGAAUUUUCUAUCACAAGUCUCUUUUGUAAUCCAGAACUCCCAUUAGCUUCAUAGAGCAGCUGUAUUCACAGGAGAGGGAGGUGAUAUAUGGAGGGGAUCAAAAGCAUUGCUUUCAGUUAGUAACUAGCUUUGAGUAACUAGUUAAUAGAACAAAUUUUAUAAGUGUGUGUAUGUGUGUGUAUACAUAUACAUAUGUGCACAUAUAUAUGCACACACAUAUUACCAUAUAGAAGGAAAAUAGAUUUAUAUUUGAAUUUGAUAUUUGAAGUUCUUUAUUUGUUGUUCCUUUAUCACUCUUCGGUAUUCACUCAGCAGCCAUUCCCUGUCUGAAGAUAACAAGGGUGUUUUGAUGUCCAGUGUAGGUUCAAACUCAACUAUAGGGCACCUUUUAUCUUAAAUAUCCAAAGAUGCCUUUUGAAUUUCAAAGGUUAAAACUCAACUAGAAUAUUUAGUGUUGUAGUCUCAAGAAGUAUGGUUGUCAGUUGUGAAAAUAGAAAUGUUACUUUUCCUAGUUUAGUAUCAACAUUUAGAGUGUUAAAUUUGAUGCCUGUGAACAAAUAAUUUUAUACUGUGCUUUAACUUUUUCAAAGUUAUUCUUUUUUCAGAUGUAUUCUUUGUUCAUAAUGCUUAACAUAGCAUCAUAGAGAGGAUGUUUCCAAAAACUGAAGCGUGCAUAUCUUUUAUGUACAAAGCUUAAGAUCAAGAAUGUAUGUUCUUAGAGAAUUCUUUUUCCAUUCCUUGUGGAUCAUGCUUUAAAAUUAUUUUUCUUAAUAUUUAUUUUACUCUAUUUUGUUAUUUUCUUGCAGUGAGGCAUCUGGUUACUGGUUAUUUCAAUAAGAAUAAAAACGUUCCUGGAAUCACUCUGGAUUUUUUGUUUAUUUCUCACUUUUCUAUAUUAAAAAAAAUACUGUUUUACCAAGUGUAAAAAAAUAGAUUCAUGCCAAAUUAUUAUCAAGUUUUACACUAACUUUCUGUAGUACCUCUGAAAGUUUAUCUGGUAUGAGUAAGCAGAUAAAGCACAAAAGUCUGACUUCUUUUUCUUCAAUUAAAAGAGCUUCUGUAAUGGCAUUGAUAAUAAACCUUUUGUAGCUAAAACCAGGUGUCUCAACCUCAUGUUUUUAGUUGAAGAAAUGUUUAACAAAACAUUGUUAAACAUUGAUUGUUUAAUACCCCCAAACAACAGUUUAUGAUGUUGUGCAAUAAUUAUUUACUAUAGUCAAGAUAUUCAGUAGUUUGUUUUUCAAUAGCAUGUACUUGAUCAUAUUUCUGCCAAGGAUGUGCCUUCAACUUUAUAAUUAUAGUAUUGUAAAAAAAUUUUUUUUGUCAGU